AUGAACGGAAACUAUAGCAGUGCAGGUGUGCCACAAAGCGGGGCUUCAGUGCCACCAGGACCAAACACACCCCAGUAUUCGCAACAAACAACAAGCGCCGAAACAGCCACUGGCACUCCCCAGCAACAGCAACAGCAAUCGCUGCAGUCACAACAACCUUAUGGGUCUUAUUACAUGUACAACCAGCAACAGAACCCUCAACAACUGGACUACAGCUACAGCCGUUACCAGUAUCCAGGAAACGCCCAGUCAUAUUACCCACCAUCACAAAGUGGCCAACAACAGCAACAGCAGCAACAACCAUACGGUGGAAAUAGGAAUUACACUAGUGCACCACAGGGUGCCAAUUCAACUGCUUCGUCAGUUUCGCAACCACAACAUGCAACCCCAUCUCAUCAACCCGGGCAAAGACCAUUGCCUCAGCAGGACACUCUCAAUCACACGUCCACAUCGACAGUGGGCCAGUACCAGCCACCAGGAAUUAGACCAAGAGUGACGACGACGAUGUGGGAGGAUGAAAAGACCCUAUGCUAUCAAGUGGAUGCCAACAAUGUUAGUGUUGUUCGUAGAGCCGACAACAAUAUGAUUAAUGGAACUAAAUUGUUGAAUGUGGCUCAAAUGACCCGAGGCAGAAGAGACGGAAUUUUGAAACUGGAGAAAGUGAGGCAUGUGGUCAAGAUUGGGUCGAUGCAUUUGAAGGGAGUAUGGAUUCCUUUCGAGCGUGCAUUGAGCAUGGCGCAGAGGGAGAAUAUUGUUGAUUUGUUGUAUCCUUUAUUUGUCAGGGACAUCAAGCGAGUGAUUCAAACAGGAGUGACGCCAUCUGGGGGAGCUGCCGGUGGUAGUGCUAAUUCGGGUGCUGCUGCCACAGUCACAAGUUCAAAUACUAGUCCUUCAGUGUCGAAAGCUAGUGCUGGUCCGUCAACUAGCGCAACUACAACUCUGGCGGGACCUGGUAACUCAUACUACCAAGGAUAUGGAGGAGGGGCAGGUGGGUAUCCACAACAGUACACAUACCAACAACAACAGGCACAACCGGGACAGCAAGUGCCACAAGGACAAGACCAGUACCAGAGUCAACCAUACAAUUACCAACAAAGUGGAUACUAUUCAAACACCAGUGGUAAUCAAGGAGCAAGUGCAGGUGCAGGUGCAGGUGCUGGAGUUUCAUCAUCAUCCUCAACGUCAUAUCCUUACCAGUACCAACAACCUCCACCACAACACCAGUUGCAAGGUUCCUACAAUAAUUACGCUACAUCAUCCACAUAUCCCGCACAAUCAGGGAGUGCCCACACCGGAGGCGUAGGUACUGCUAGUGCAGGAGGACCAAGCAGUACCGGCGCAGCAGGAACACAACAACAUACACCACAACAGCAAUCUGCAAGUGUAGGAGGAACGCAUGUUUCGCCACACCAACAUACGCAGCAACUGCCAAAAGUUGGUAAGUAA